ACUGGGAGAGGACUGCAGAUUGAUUUUAUAAGACCGACAACACUGGGAGAGGACUGCAGAUUGAUUUUAUAAGGCCGACAACACUGGGAGAGGACUGCAGAUUGAACCACUGAAGUUCCCAGAAGGGAAUUAUAUCAACCAGAGAAAGCGAACAUCAUGUCACGUUAUCGUCUUACUGAGACACCUAGUGGACACAACAGCAUAACCGAGGAGUUGAAUUUCCUACGUCCCUAAGACCAUUGAUAAAUAGGUAAUUGACUAAUACACAAAGACAACGUAUUAGUUAUACACACCAGUGGGAUACCCCAGUAGUUCUACUACCUGUAGUCAUACAGCAGGAACAGACACUUUCUGCUUUAUCAAUUUACCAAAGUCCAGGUUCUAGAAACCCCCCCGGCAUAAGACAUUUUACAGCCAUAAUCCAACCUAACAAGUAAAUAUGACAAUAUUGCUUGAAUGAUCUGUCCAAUUCACAUUCACAUUCAUAGUCGGCAGGGUAGACUAGUGGUUAGAGUGGAGGGGUGGCAGGGUAGCCUAGUGGUUAGAGUGGAGGGGUGGCAGGGUAGCCUAGUGGUUAGAGUGGAGGGGUGGCAGCGUAGCCUAGUGGUUAGAGUGGAGGGGUGGCAGGGUAGCCUAGUGGUUAGAGUGGAGGGGUGGCAGCGUAGCCUAGUGGUUAGAGUGGAGGGGUGGCAGGGUAGCCUAGUGGUUAGAGUGGAGGGGUGGCAGGGUAGCCUAGUGGUUAGAGUGGAGGGGUGGCAGCGUAGCCUAGUGGUUAGAGUGGAGGGGUGGCAGGGUAGCCUAGUGGUUAGAGUGGAGGGCUGGCAGGGUAGCCUAGUGGUUAGAGUGGAGGGGUGGCAGGGUAGCCUAGUGGUUAGAGUGGAGGGGUGGCAGGGUAGCCUAGUGGUUAGAGUGGAGGGGUGGCAGCGUAGCCUAGUGGUUAGAGUGGAGGGGUGGCAGGGUAGCCUAGUGGUUAGAGUGGAGGGGUGGCAGGGUAGCCUAGUGGUUAGAGUGGAGGGGUGGCAGGGUAGCCUAGUGGUUAGAGUGGAGGGGUGGCAGGGUAGCCUAGUGGUUAGAGUGGAGGGGUGGCAGGGUAGCCUAGUGGUUAGAGUGGAGGGGUGGCAGCGUAGCCUAGUGGUUAGAGUGGAGGGGUGGCAGGGUAGCCUAGUGGUUAGAGUGGAGGGGUGGCAGGGUAGCCUAGUGGUUAGAGUGGAGGGGUGGCAGGGUAGCCUAGUGGUUAGAGUGGAGGGGUGGCAGGGUAGCCUAGUGGUUAGAGUGGAGGGGUGGCAGGGUAGCCUAGUGGUUAGAGUGGAGGGGUGGCAGGGUAGCCUAGUGGUUAGAGUGGAGGGGUGGCAGGGUAGCCUAGUGGUUAGAGUGGAGGGGUGGCAGGGUAGCCUAGUGGUUAGAGUGGAGGGGUGGCAGGGUAGCCUAGUGGUUAGAGUGGAGGGGUGGCAGGGUAGCCUAGUGGUUAGAGUGUUGGACUAG